AUGCCUCUGAGCCCCGCGGGCAGCAAACAUGAGAGCCCGGAGUCGCCGCCGCCAGAGCCGCCGCCGCCGCCGGAGCGACAGCCCCGCGCCGCCGGGGAGCCGGGCGCCGGCCUGCGGGAGGAGACGCGGCUCGACCCGACCCGGGGCCCCGGCGGGCCCCGCUCCCCCAAGCUGGCGGCCCCGGCGCGCAUGGAGGAGCCCGCGCCCGGCGCCAUCGUCGUCCGCAUCGGCAUCCCCGACCUCCAGCAGACGAAGUGUCUACGGUUGAAUCCAGAUGUUCCCGUGUGGGUUUCCAAGCAGCGCAUCCUCUGCACUUUGAACCACAGCCUGAAGGAUGUUCUGAACUAUGGGCUCUUCCAGCCGGCCUUCAAUGGCAGGGCUGGGAAGUUUCUGGAUGAGGAGCGCCUGCUGAGGGAGUACCCCCUGAAUCCAGACACUCCUGUCCCCUACUUGGAGUUCCGGUACAAAAGGCGUGUGUACACCCAGACUUUGCUGGAUGACAAGCAGUUUGCCAAGCUCCAUACAAAGGCAAAUCUGAAGAAGUUCAUGGAGUACGUGCAGAUGCUAAAUGCAGAGAAGGUCUGCAGACUGCUGGAGAAGGGACUGGACCCCAACUUUCAUGAUCCGGAUACUGGAGAGUGUCCCCUGACAGCAGCCGCUCAGCUGGAGCUCAGCGCCGAGAUGAUCAAGGCACUGCGCAAUGGGGGAGCGCACCUGGAUUUCCGGACGCGGGAGGGAAUGACAGCUCUUCACAAGGCCGUCCGGUGCCGCAACCACGCGGCGCUGCUGACACUGCUGGACCUGGGUGCCUCCCCGGACUACAAGGACAGCCGGGGGCUGACGCCCCUGUACCACAGUGCCAUGGUGGGGGGGGAUCCCUACUGCUGUGAGCUCCUGCUGCACGACUACGCUCGGCUCGGCUGCGUGGACGAGAACGGCUGGCAGGAGAUCCACCAGGCAUGUCGCUAUGGCCAUGUUCAGCACCUGGAGCAUCUUCUGUUCUACGGAGCUGAUAUGACUGCACAGAAUGCCUCAGGAAACACCGCUCUUCAUAUUUGUGCUCUCUAUAACCAGGAGAGCUGCGCUCGGGUUCUCCUCUUCCGCGGUGCGAGCAAAGAGAUUCGCAACUACAACAGCCAGACGGCAUUCCAGGUGGCCAUCAUUGCAGGAAAUUUUGAAUUGGCUGAAAUCAUCAAAACCCACAAAGAGUCCGAUGUUGUGCCUUUCAGAGAAACUCCCAGCUACACGAAGCGGAGACGGAUCCUCGGUGCCGGCGGCCUCUCCUCCCCGCGCAUACUGCAGCGCUCGGCCAGCGACAACAACCUGAAGGCGGAGAGCCGGGCAUCCUACUCGCCGGUGCCCUCGCUCCGCAGCCUGCCCCCGCAGCUGCUGGCGCAGAUUUUAACUCAGGAAAAGUUUCAGGAUCGCGAGGGGGGCUUGCAAAAGCGGGUCUCUAGUGCUGCUGCAGGAGCUGGUGGGAUUAGUAAAAUCAGCCCCGGCGGCCCGGCGGGGCCCCCCGGCCCCGGCCCCGAGCCCGCGCCGCACGCCGCGCCCGCCCCGCUGCGCGGGCCCAAGCGGAAGCUGUACAGCGCCGUGCCCGGCCGCAAGUUCAUCGUGGUGAAGAGCUACGCGCCGCAGGGCGAGGGCGAGAUCCAGCUCAACCGGGGCGAAGCCGUCAAGGUGCUGAGUAUUGGCGAAGGUGGCUUUUGGGAAGGAACCGUGAAAGGAAGGACUGGCUGGUUCCCAGCAGAAUGUGUUGAGGAGGUGCAGAUGCGACAGUAUGAUCCACGGCAAGAAACCAGAGAAGACAGAACAAAGCGUCUCUUCCGACAUUAUACUGUGGGCUCUUACGACAAUUUCACCUCUCACAGUGACUACAUCAUAGAGGAGAAGACGGCCGUGCUGCAGAAGAGGGAGCAUGAGGGAUUCGGGUUUGUGUUGCGAGGGGCCAAAGCUGAAACGCCAAUUGAGGAGUUCACCCCAACCCCAGCCUUCCCAGCGCUCCAGUACCUGGAAUCAGUGGAUGUGGAAGGUGUCGCUUGGAGAGCGGGGCUUCGCACAGGAGACUUUCUGAUUGAGUCCAUCUGUCUCACAGAAGUCACCUACAGUUCAUGGUGGGCCAAGAACUUCAAUAGCACAAGGUUUCAUCACUGCUCUAAGGUUUUCCUCAAGUUCAUGACUGUGGAGGCCAUCGUGUCUAGGAAGCUGAAGUCUGUCCUGAACCUCAGGAUCCUAGUUCUGCGACUCACCUUUCAAGCCUUCCUGCAGAUGCACAGUGCAGCCAUCUUGCAGUUGCUGCAGCCCGAGCUGCCCUGUGACCACAUUCACCACCAGUUUUUCCCUGUCGGUGAGCAGCAAGUCAAGCAGAAGGUUCACCUCUAG